AUGCAACAGGCCUCCUCGCCUGUCCUCCAGCAGCUCCGGUCACUGCACCCUGGCGCUCUCCAGACGCUACACCAGUCGCCCGACGGAACGCUAUAUCCCCACAAUCAGGUCCUGCCCGAGCUGCAGAACCUCCACACGAGCGAUGUAUACCAGCAGCAAUACGCCCUGAGCGGGCCACCGCACCAACAACCACCGUCGCAUGCGCUGCCAGUACACUUUGAGCAACAUGCGCUCCCGCCUUCAGGGCCGUACCCGCCAUUCCAGCCGGCGGGCUAUCAGCAUGGCACGAGUCCGCGAUUCAUGAACGCGCCCCCUCCCCCGCUUCAAGAACACGCGCAACAGUAUCACGCAUCCCCCCAGACGGUACAACGACCGGUUCAGCAACUUCCUCUCCCACCGCCUGCACCACCGAUACUCGCGGCACCGCAGCCACUGCCACGGCAUGUAGAGCCAGCGCCUUUGCUGCAUAAGCAGGAAAGUCAGGAUGGCGACGACACUCCAUUGUCCAACCAUGGCCAAUUCCAAGGCCUGAAGCUCAUACCCAACCCUCCAGACUUGGAAGAAUGGAGAGAGAGACUGUUUCAUGUUGAUGGCAUGAUCACUCUGACUGAAGAGCAGUAUGACGACUCCCUGGCAUACUCAGGACUAUGCGCUGACCCCCUUCUUAGGUUCCAGACUUACUUCCCUCACAUCGACAACGUCUAUUCGCACCGCUCGACCCAACGGCAUAAACGCAAGCGCUUCGUAUCACACUACUGGGACUGCCGACUCAAAGGGCGACCACCAGGCACCAAGAAGUCCACAGACCCGGACAAGAAGAAGAGGAAAAGAGUCGCAAGAGAGCGGGACCUGUGCGAUGUCAAGAUCAAGAUUACCGAGUUCUUCGAUCGACGGGAGUACGAGGAACAACUUGGUCGACGACCACCAGGCACAGAGAACGAUCCGCCGAGUCCGGUGGCAUCGACGAUGCCGCUGAACCCCAACCGGACGGGUCAGAACCAGAAUCCGCAGUUCUUCGGGCAGCAGCCGUUACUGCCGCAACAACCGACUGGAAGUUGGGAUAUGCCUCAAAACAUGGCCGCUCAGCCAGCCAUGAACAUGCCAGAAUACGCCCCUUCGUCCGGCCCUCCGUCGAAGAAGUUCUACACUUUCCAGAGGGUAAAUGGAAAUGGCGGGAAUGGCAAAGGCGAUGGCGUUGCCGGGCCGCAUAAGCACACACUUGAGGAGAGUGACCGUGUGAAGAAGAACAGCGUCAUUAGAUGGCAGGCCAAAAUCGACAAAGACGACAGGAAGAGAUCGCAGAUCAAGCGCAUACGUCAUUUUGAUGCAUGCUUGGAACACUGA